ACAGAGCAUCCCCGGAGCCAUCACUCAGCCGUCAAGAUGCUUAUCCCCAAGGCCGAUCGCAAGAAGAUCCACGAGUACCUCUUCCGAGAGGGCGUUCUCGUUGCAAAGAAGGAUCUCAAUCUCCCCAAGCACCAAGAUAUCGAUACCAAGAACCUCUAUGUCGUCAAGGCUUGCCAGUCGCUCACCUCCCGCGGCUACUUGAAGACCCGUUUCUCAUGGCAGUGGUACUACUACACCCUCACCCCUGAGGGUCUCGACUACCUCCGCGAGUGGCUCCACCUCCCCGCCGAGAUCGUGCCCCAGACGCACAUCAAGCAGCAGCGCUCGCACGCUCCUCCCCGCGGCAUGCUCGGCGGAGAUUCUGAGAGGCGUCCCGGCGGUGGCCGCGGCGCCCGUGGCGACCGUGAGGGUUACCGUCGCCGUGAGGGUGGUGAGAAGGGCGAGGGCGCUCCCGGAGAGUUCAAGCCCCAGUUCCGUGGCGGUUUCGGACGUGGCUCGGCUCCUGCUUCUUAAGCGAUGAAUGCAUGUGAAUGCGGCGGUUGGGCUGGGCUGUAUGUCGCUGGGAGUCUCGGAUGGUCUUCACGUCGGACUUUUUGCUGUAUCCAAAAGAAAGAAGGAACUGGGCGAAAUGGCAGGGAUGGACAACCAACAUGCCUCGGAUCUUAUGGCGAGAACCAAAACGAAAGGAUGAUACGGGUACUGCAAUGUACAGUCCGUCUGGCCUGCGGCUACGCACGCUCGGUUAAUGACGCUUCCCAAUGAUACCCCAUUGCAAGUGAACAAAGCGUUAUGUGAAGAUGGAUCUGUCAUAGCUUAAGGGUACUCCCUGCGUUGGACCGUGUGUUAUCAAGAUACCUUCCUGGUGGCGCUGCAAUUUACCUCGUUAGGACCCGUGCUAGAUUGCAGUAUGACGCGCAUGCCUUUCAAGGCUCUCUGGUACCGCCGAGCUGUCAUUUACCUAAAUGCCUAGUUUUAGCUUUUACAAGAUACAUAUA